AUGUCCAUUCGCACCUCAUCCUUCUCAGCCAUGACUAUCUCCAGCACGACCAGCAGUCAGAACAUGGAGUCAAGCGGUCGCCAGAUGAACAGCAAAGGCAAUCCGCUUGCGGACGAAGACGAGAUCCAGGACGACCCCGUGUUCACCCAGGGCGACUUUACCGUGAUCACCGCUGACCAUGUACGCUUUCGAGUGCCAAGCUUCCACCUCCUCAGCUCUAGCUCCGUCUUCCGAGACCUGGUAUCUGCCGGCGGCGACCAAGACAAGACCAUCACCUUUGUGGACCCCGAGCUGGAGAGCGCAGCGACGUUCCGCCAGUACCUCGCCCUUGUCAUUGACGGGCGAGUCAAGAGCUUUGACAAGGAACUCGAGGGUCUCCGGCAACUGGUCCUCUUCCUCGCAAAGUGGGAUUGCAACCCGCCUACGCGUAUCAUCCUGCUGGACAUCCGGGAGCAGCUGCGCUUGGGCACCGUCCACCCCAUCAAGGCGUUUACGGUGGGUGCGGCAGCUGACGACCCCACCACCUGUGCACUUGCCCUCGAGACCAUCACGUGGGCGUGGAACGCUGGGCCCGAGGACGAGUUGGCCGGCGGCACGACCAAGGCCUUGUCCACACACCCGCUGCACAUGCCUUACAACCUCUGGUCGCUCAUCCCGCCAAGUUACAUGUGGGCUCUAGCACGGGCCUGGGGGAAGUGUGGUGGAGGCGGUGCUGGUGUCCAGACCGACAAGGAUCUAGACAAGCUCGGCAGUCUGUCUGCCGAGUUUAUGCGUCUCCUGGAGCUGGCCAAGAAGGGAGAGCGGUCGCGAGCUCACGAGGGUAGAGGCCAGCAGCCGUAA